CUCAGCGCGUGCUGGAGAGCUGCGAGAGCUCGAGCUCCAUCUGCACGCAGAGCUGAGAGCUGCAGCGCGGGCCACACCGUGCGGCAGCGCGAGCGCGAGGCGCAUUCAAACCGUGGACAGUCAGGAUGGCGUUCGGACGCGUCAGCGGUCACCAGAAACCGGACUGAGGAGGGCUGUACUGGACCGAACGUCGCUUUUCCGUCGGCAAAACAGCGGGCAGAGAUCUACAGAGCAGAGGAGCAGGUGGACAGAGGGCAGGUGGAGAUGCCCGCUGCGCGUGGAUCUUCAUGAUCAAUGGGGGAUUAUAUUGAUGAACCUCCUGAGUGGAACCGCUGAUGAUGAUCGAUAAGCAUCCAAAAUAACCUGAUUAGAGCCUCCAAAUGUUCCCUGAAUGCUACACAAUCAUCUACCAUCUACAUUAGUGCAUGUAGAGAGGCGGCUUAGCCCCAGUCCAGUGGACAGUGCGGUGAGGACAUGUGCAGAACACGGCUGUGCCUGAACCUUUUCACUCCGAUCGCCUGGCGAGGGCAUUCCGGGCGUUUACUCAACACAGAUCAAUUAAACCAACACUGAGGCAAACCGCUGGAGAGGCGAGGAGACGGACCGGAUAAAGUCCUGCAGGUCUGAUGCGAUGGUGUGAACUCCUGUUUUAUGAAAGAGCUAAUCCGAACUGACAUAGAGUCAAAAUGGAGUCGUGGACAUUACUCCCAGUGCCCCCUAACCUUUCCCUCCCGGAGCCCCUCUUCUACGACAGCUUCUUCCCCGGGAAUGAGUCCGACUUUGGCCUGGAGGAUUACUCUCACAAUGGCACCCACCAUACCUUUGACCAGACCAGCUCCGUGGUCAUCACCUUCAUGUACUUCGUGGUGUGUGCCGUCGGACUCUGCGGGAAUGCUCUGGUCAUGUAUGUGAUCCUCCGCUAUGCCAAGAUGAAGACCGUCACGAACAUCUACAUCCUAAACCUGUCCGUCGCCGACGUUCUCUGCAUGCUCAGCCUGCCGUUCAUCGCAAUUCAGCUGGCGCUGCUGCACUGGCCCUUCGGUGCCGCAAUCUGCCGCAUCGUCCUGACCAUGGACUCGCUGAACCAGUUCACCAGCAUCUUCUUCCUGACUGUGAUGAGUAUCGACCGGUACCUCGCCGUGGUGCACCCGAUCAAGUCCACCAAAUGGCGCAAGCCGCGGGUGGCCAAAAUGAUCAGCCUGGCCAUGUGGGGGGUGUCCCUGCUGGUGAACUUGCCCAUUAUGAUCUUCAGCGGCCUGAACACCAACAAGAACGAGGCGCGGACGUGCACUAUGCUGUGGCCGGAGCCUAAGAACACCUACUACACCGCCUUCAUCUUCUACACCUUCUUCUUGGGCUUCUUCCUGCCGCUGAUCGUCAUCUGCCUGUGCUACCUGCUCAUCGUCAUCAAGGUGAAGACCUCGGGCAUGCGGGUGUCCUCCAGCAAGCGCAAGCGCUCGGAGCGCAAGGUGACGCGCAUGGUGUCCAUCGUGGUGGUGGUGUUCGUGCUCUGCUGGCUGCCUUUCUACAUGUUCAACGUGGCGGCGGUGACCGGCACACUCAUCCCCACGCCGGUGCUGAAGAGCACCUUCGACUUUGUGGUGGUUCUGGGGUACGCUAACAGCUGCGCCAACCCCAUUCUCUACGCCUUCCUGUCGGACAACUUCAAGAAGAGUUUCCAGAAUGUCCUUUGCCUCAAGAGGGUGGGCGGCCUGGAUGAGAUUGAGCGCAGCGACAGCCGCCAGGACCGGACGCGGAUGGUCAAUGAUGUCAUGACGGAGACUCACAAUGCUGCCCUGCUCAACGGUGAUCUGCAGACCAGCAUCUAGGAAUGCUUUGGAACCCUGACCUUCAAACUGAUGGUCACAGCUUUGUAGAUCACUGUAGAUCUGCUGGGAUGCCUUGGUAGAGAACAGACAGGUCCAAUAAAAUGCACGGAAAGAACUUCUUGGAGUUUCUCAUGCGUGAGGAACAAUAACAUGUCGACAGUAAUCUCAUGGAGAAUUGCCUCAUUUCAUGCCCAAAGUCCAUUCGGGUCUCCUUUAUUGACUAAGAAGGGGGAUGGUGUUCGCUCUGAGGAUGGAUUUCGUCAGUCAGACACCUGCCUGUUGAAGUCACAGUCAAUAUAAGCCUCAGACAAGUUAUCACGCUAAGCUCUAUCUGCUUUUCUUCUGGCAGGACUUUUAAACGUGGUGAUACACUGAGAAUGUGACUUUACUGUAGAUAACUGCGUUUGUUUGCUUUGUUUAUCUGUCUGCUGUUGCCAAAACUCUUAAAUUUUGUCCACUGCUGAAAAGGUCAUUGUCCUCAUAAGGUAAACAGACAUUUGCUCUCUGAAAUGAUGCGCCACAGUGAGUGUCCUCUGAGAACCAGCCUUUUCUGACGUCCAUGCUCCAUUGUGUUUUCACUGACCAUCAAACAUUAUGAAUUGGAAAGUACCAUCAGGACUAUCGUAGUUCAAGCCAACAAGAGUUCACUUGGCAUAUUAGUAGCAAAAGGUUUCAGCAACCAAACCUGAGAAUUGACCAUUUGCAAAAUUCUGACCCUGUGGAUAACCUCUUAAAUGGCCGGGGCCGGUCGCAAAGCUUUAUUACACACUUCUGUAAAGAAUAGCUCAGCCAGUUUGCAUUGAAGUCCCUGUAUAUGAAUAAUAAGCGUUAGUGUGUAGUAAGACUGAGAUUUUAAAGGGUUACUGUUGCUGUUUUCUUCAUACUUUUGGCUCAAGCUACUUGGUAGCAUCUGUGCUAAAACAUUCAGUAUCAUAUAGGAAAAUUCAAAACCACACAGAGGAGAACAUUUUAAAACAUUUUAAGAUUCGAAAAUGGUGUGAGAAGAUGUUCAGUGCAGACAUAGAUGUUUGAGAACUGAUAAAAUAUGAAUGAUUGCUUGUGUGAAAAAAAAAUAUAUUCUGAAAACCA